AUGGGCUCUGUUUCCCUUACGAUAGGGGAUGGCACUGCUAGAUUCAGAGCCACCACCAUCCUCAACGCCAUAAUGCUCUUCUCUCUCCUCCUUACCUACCUGUUAGCUCUCUACAACUUCUCCUUCCCUGCUAAUCAAACCCCUUCUCUCUCUGCCGCCCACCACCAGAAGAAUUUCUCUCUCAUCUCUCGUCAAGUGUCUCUCUUCCUCUCUGAAAUUAACUCCGCUCAGCACAAGCUGGCUCAGAUGCAGAAGAAGCUCAUUGGGUUUGCAACCCUAUAUCUCUCCGCUCCUGGUUUGCCCUCUGAGAUCAAGCUUUACAUGGAAGCUCAACCUUGGCCUUUAGGUAAGGACUCGAGAAUGGGGAUCACAGAGAUGGUUUCAGCAGUUGGACAUGCCUGUGUAAACUCCAUUGAUCUUCUCUCAGUACAUGAAUUAUAA